AGAAUCCACCUGGAUUUUUUAGAUUCUAACGUUGGUGCAAACCACUUACUAGGGUAACAUUCAACAUGUCUAAUUACUUUAGUAUGUGCAGUGCAUUUGUAAAUGAUCUCUUGGCCCGUAUUCCACUGGUUGGAAUCGGGAUUACAUCUAAUUUAUAUGAAUACCUGCAGCCAGACAUUGUAGCGAGUUUCCUUCGUAGGAAUUGGUUCGCUGCAGCCCUUACAGGCAUUGGAGGAAUCUUAUACAGUCAUCUACAAAAGGAGAGGGUGGCCCGAAGACGUGCCGAGGACGACAAUUUGAAGAGUCGUGUUGCACUCGACCUUUGGCAGAACGUAUCUGACAUUUGGGAAACACUAUUUCACCAUGAAGAACAGAAGAACGUUGAACUCCGAAAAGAUAUCGGGCGCAGGAAAGAGGCUGAGGAAGCCCUCCGACAAAGGGUCUGCGAUCUGGAGAAAUCUCUAGCCGACGAAAAAAUGCGUCAUUUGGAAGAGCUGCUGGAUAUGGAGGAAGCGGCAGAGAAGCAGAUCCAAUUGGCGGAAGAAAAGUUCGUCAAGAAAGACGAAGAGGCCAGUUACAAAAUCAGUCUGCUCAAAAGAGAGACAGAGCUUUAUUUGGACGAGAAUAAGAAACUCGACCAGAGGGAGCACGACCUCAUCAAGGAAAUCGCCACUAAGGCUGAGAUCGAGGCUUCCCUCCAACGGAGGAUUGAAAGUCUGGAGGGUGAGUUAGCCGACCAUCGUGAUCUGAAGAAGCUCAAUGAGGAACAGACGCUUUUAAUAUUAAGACAAGCGAAGGAGAAUGAGGAAUUAAAACAAUUGGAAUCUGGGUAUAAAGAGUUGAAAAACGAGCUGGCAACUUUUGCUCGUGAGAAAGACCUUCUGAGGCGCCUGCAAGAACAGGAGACACUCGAAGGAGAAAUAGAUGAAAAGAGCAGAAUCGUUGAAAUGGAAGAAGAAUUGCGGGAAUUACGUCAUUCUCUAACUCUGACGAAUUCAGACAGAGAUCGCCUCAGGGAAGAGGAAGAGAGGCUUCGAGAAAUAAUUGAGCAGAAGGAGACGGAAUAUAUAGAACUGGAAAGGGAAGUAAAGGCCUUGGAAAAUGUUAACCAAGAACUCGUAAAGGAUAUUUACCUGUGGGAUAGGAAUACAGUUGCUUUCGAGCAGAGAAUUGAAGACUUGCAGGGUGUAAUCGACGACCUGAUGAGGAGGAAUGUGGAACUGAGCAAGUUAAAUAUGGAAAUGGAGGGGAAGAACGCUUUACAAGAAAAAAAACUCCAACAGGAGCCGGAGGCACUUUUGAAGGAACCGUCGGAAAGGGCAGGCCACGCAACCGAACAGAAAGAGAAGCUCGAAGGAGAAAUAGAUGAAAAGAGCAGAAUCGGUGAAAUGGAAGAGGAAUUGCGGGAAUUACGUCAUUCUCUAACUCUGACGAAUUCGGACAAAGAUCGCCUCAGGGAAGAGAAAGAGAGGCUUCAAGAAAUAAUUGAGCAGAAGGAGACUGAAUAUAUAGAACUGGAAAGGGAAGUAAAGGCCUUGGAAAAUGUGAACCAGGAACUCGUAAAGGAUAUUUACCAGUGGGAUAGGAAUACAGUUGCAUUCGAGCAGACAAUUGAAGAGUUGCGGGGAACAAUCGACGACCUGAGGAGGAGGAAUGUUGAACUGAACAAGUUAAAUAUGGAAAUGGAGGGGAAGAACACUUUACAAGAAAAAAAACUCCAACAGCAGCAUCAGAUGAUCAUUGAUGCUUAUACCAGCAUGGCUGAGAAUCAAGGGGAGGUAAUCAAACAGAAAAGAAAAGGACUUUGGGGAAGAACUCGAUAGCGAUAGUGAAGAAUCUGAUGAUACUGUAAACACUGCUAAACACAGGGAAAGUAGUCAAGACUCAGCAGUAUCGGAAGAUAAGGACGAGAAUGAAGAGAAUGAAGCUAAGGAGAUGAUGCGACAGGCCAACCAGAUAUUUUGGCUGGCUGUGCAGCAGAAGGACGCAAGGCCUUAGGCUGGAGGAUGGAAGGCAGUUGGGGGGCUGCUGGAAGUUCACUGGCCUAGAAGGAAGACUUAAUACUCAGUAUGGACUUGAGGUAACUACUAGACCUGCACCCGAGGCUGGAGGAUGGAAGGUAGUUCGGGGGCUGCUGGAAGUUCACUGGCUUAGAAGGAAGACCUAAUACUCAGUCUAGACUUGAGGUAACUACUGAACCUGCACCCGAGGCUGGAGGAUGGAAGGCAGUUGGGGGGCUGCUGGAAGUUCACUGGCCAAGAAGGAAGACCUAAAUACUCAGUCUGGACUUGAGGUAACUACUAGACCUGCACCCGAGGCUGGAGGAUGGAAGGCAGUUGGGGGGCUGCUGGAAGUUCACUGGCCAAGAAGGAAGAUCUAAUACUCAGUCUGGACUUGAGGUAACUACUAGACCUGCACCCGAGGCUGGAAGAUGGAAGGCAGUUGGGGGGCUGCUGAAAGUUCACUGGCCUAGAAGGAAGACCUAAUACUCAGUCUGGACUUGAGGUAACUACUAGACCUGCACCCGAGGCUGGAGGAUGGAAGGCAGUUGGGGGGCUACUGGAAGUUCACUGGCCUAGAAGGAAGACCUAAUACUCAGUCUGGACUUGAGGUAACUACUAGACCUGCACCCGAGGCUGGAGGAUGGAAGGCAGUUAGGGGGUUGCUGGAAGUUCACUGGCAUAGAAGGAAGACCUAAUACUCAGUCUGGAC